AUGAUAGAUCGGAAGCUGGUGGUCUUUGGCGCAGCCUUUGUGCUGCGUCUGCUUCUUAUCUGUCUGUUUCCUUCAUUGCCUGACUUGUUGACAGGAAGGGUCGAGGUCUCGACCCCUGUCAAUAGCUUCAAACGAUUGCAAGAAGGCUUGUUUCUAUAUAAGGGCAAUGUGUCCCCGUAUGAUGGGGGUACUUUUCACCAGGCACCGCUCCUGUUACCUCUGUUCGCCCUACUUCCAGAUGCAAAGACCUGGCCUUUAGCUACAGCAAUUUUCUACAUUCUAGUCGACCUCGUGAAUGCUCAGGCAUUGGUCACCAUCUCCGAGUCAGGCCAAUCGAUCAAUUCGAGAUUCCAUUCGGCAAUUCGGAAGCAUGUCCGAUGGAACGGAGUGUCUGUCGCGGCAUGGUUUCUGUUCAACCCUUUCACAAUUGCGACAUGUUUGGCACGAUCAACCAGCGUAUUUACCGCCUCCGGGAUCCUCUUCGCAGUUUCAAAUGCAGUCUCGGGCAAUAGCAUUAAUGCUAUGCUAGCCCUAGGACUCGCUUCCUACCUAUCCCUGUAUCCCGCGCUUUUGUUCAUUCCGCUGGUUUUGGUCUGUUAUGACCAACGCGCGCAGGGCCCGCAAGCACCUAAGAUCGCACCGUUCAUCAUGCAGCACGCCGGUCUACUCGUCGCCAGCAUUGCAGGCUUGCUCGGACUUUCGGUCAUGAUCACCGGUAACUUCUGGGAGUUUAUAUCGGCAACUUAUGGGUUCCAUCUUUUGGUUCCGGACUUGACUCCCAACGUCGGUCUAUGGUGGUACUUCUUCAUUGAAAUGUUCGAUUCAUUCCGAGAGUUCUUCCUCGGAGUCUUCUGGCUUCACUUGGCCAGCUAUGUUGGAGGUCUCACAGCGCGUUUCCGACGACAGCCCUUGUUCGUCAUCACCUCCCUUCUUGGUGUCUUUGCGAUCUUCAAGCCAUACCCCAGCAUCUCAGAUGCAUCUCUGUACUUCGCGUUGCUACCGUUGUACCGUCAUCUUUUCCCACUAAUGCGAUAUACCUUCUUUGCAGUCUCGGCAAUCCUAUACUCCACCCUUCUCGGUCCCGCUUUCUACCAUCUAUGGAUCUACGCAGGGUCCGGAAACGCUAACUUCUUCUACGCCAUCACUCUAGUCUGGAGUUUGGGUCUCUCCAUCCUAGUUGCAGACACCGUCUUCGCCGCCCUCAGAGACGAGUGGGAACAAGACAACCCAGGACAACAAGGCACAGAAGUACGACAGGUAUAA